GAGUGAGGAUCGCGAGCGAAGCAGACGUAGAAUUUCAAAGUCGUUCUGCAAUACGUUGGCGAUAAAGAAAAUCGGCGGUUUCUUUGAAAAGAUUCCUAAAUUACACACAUAUAUAUAUUGUUAAUGCGAUAUCGGAGUGAGGCGUGUACAUUGUGUUAUUAAAUCUGAAGAUUCACGAGUUUUUAUACAGCGAAUCAUGCGGCGACUGAAGUGUUCCGUGUUUGUGUUUCUAUUUUUGGUGAUCGAUGUCGGUCGUGCAUUCAACAUAAUUGGCGUCAAUAAGCAAAUGCUCUACGAAUAUGUGGGCAAUGUGCUAGUUGGCUCCAAGCCCCAGGACGAAGGGCAUCCGGCACCGCCAACCACUGGCUGGAUAGUCCGUGGAAAGCUCACGCUACAGCGACAGAGUGAACUUGUGAUGGCCGCUGCGCUGGUCAUAGACGAUGUAACGCUCAACAAUUCUGGAGAAAAGUUCUUGCAGAACAAGGAAAUGUAUCCGCCCUACAAGCCCUUCAAGAUCAUUCUCACCAAGGAGGGGACCAUCUCGCAUGUGGUCUUCAAGGAGGGCGAUCCCAUUUGGUCGAUGAACUUCAAGCGUGCCAUUGCCAGCACUCUGCAAUUUCAAAUCAAGUCUAAUGGCGCCUUUGUGGUGGAUGAGACGGGCAUCCAUGGCCAGUGCCAGACGGAGUAUUUCGUGUCGAACAAGACCAACUACAUAUCCAUACGGAAGACGCCCGAGCUGAAGACCUGUCUGCCCUACUCGGAGGCCGUGCACAUUACGCGUAGCAAUGUGCCCCCGAACACGUGCGAGUUCGACCACCAAAAGAGCGUCAUCAUUGGCAACGAGGCCAUAUACGGCAUAUUGCCCCACAAUGAGACAGGGUACUUCCUCAGCAUGGCCCAUGCCAAGGGCACCACGCUCAUUCACACUUUCGAGUCCACGGGCGAGGCACAGUACAUCAACUCGGAGCUGCUGCUAAACUUCCAAAAUGAGACACCGAUCGACAAUCCAAUUGAUAUUGAGACCUCCAUGUCGACCGAGACCUCGAAUUUGCAACUGCAGCCGCUGGAAAUCAACGAUCCGACUGGCGGACGCAACCCUCAGCAGCAGGAGACUCUGAUAUCUGCAGCGGCUGGGCUUCUGGACAACUUGGCCGAGGCGUUGGAGAGCACGGAGUUUAAGUUUAACGAGCCCUACGACUCGACACUGUCCGAUGUCAUAAAGCUACUGAGUGAAAUGGACUUUGAGUCGCUAAAGAAACUCUACACCGAAGUGGACAUCGGCACAUCGUAUCGACAGGAGACGAUACGAAACAUCUUCCACGAGAUCAUACCACGCAUCGGCACAAAAGCCUCGGUCUUCUUGACGCGCCACUUGGUCAAAGAGAAGACGAUCAAGUCGAACAUUGCGGUGCAGCUGCUCAUCCCCAUGCCCUUUCACAUAUUCGAGCUGUCGGCGGAGUUGGUGAAGCAGUGCGAGGAGUUCCUGAGCAUAGGACCCGAUCGACCGGAUGUCCGGCAGGCGGCUAUCUUGAGCUUUGCCACACUCGUCUACAAUGUGUACGUGGCACGCGGCAUUGACAAGGAUCAGUUUGAGGAAUACGUCCAAAAGUAUUUCAAUUUGUACUUGAACGAGCGAGACUAUGAGCAAAAGAUGCUGUUUCUGCAGGGCCUCAGCAACUUACAGCUGGGCAAUGUGGCCAACUAUCUGGAGCCCAUUGUGAUGGAGGAGGGAAACGAGGACCUGAGGUUCAUGGCUGCGUGGACAACACUCGCACUGGCCGACAAGCGCGCUGAGCGCAUCUACGAGAUCUACUGGCCCAUCUUUGAGUCCCGCAACGCCAGCCUGGAGCUGCGUGUGGCCGCUGUUACCCUGCUGCUCAUAUCGAAUCCCACGGCGGCGCGACUGAUCAGCAUUCAUCGCAUUAUACAAAGCGAAACCGAUCCACAUCUAAUCAACUACUAUCGCACCACAGUCACCAGCAUAUCGGAGACGACAUAUCCAUGCUAUCAGCAUCUCCGUCGUCUGCUCUCCUAUAUGCAUCGGCAUCUGCCCCAGAAACCCGAGCCGCGCUACUGGGUGACGGGCAACUACAUAUUUGAUUACAGGGACUCGAAAUUCGGCAUUGGUGCAAUGCUGCAAACGUUUCUAGUAGGCGAUCCAAAGUCGGAUAUGCCCGUUGUGGCAUUUUUCAAGUUUGACACGGAAGCGCUAGGCAAAUUUACGGGACAGCUUGCGCUGUAUAUAAAAGCGCGUGGAUUACCCGAUGCUAUCUGGCAGACCGUUCAGUCCAAAGCCAACGGCUCGGAUCCCUUCACUUUCAAAAGCAUCAAGACCUUGUUGGCCAUGCUGAAGGCGCCCAUUGUCAACUCGAAGAACUUGCACAUCGAGCUCAUAUUGCAAAUGGAGGGCAAGACUGUGCUCUCCUACUACUUGAAUCAGCGCAUGUUCCAGCAACUGACCUAUGACAACAUUUUGGAUCGCCUGCAACUGCUUAUCCGCACCGAUAGCCACAUAAACAUGCAGACGGUGCGCUGGCCAUUUAUGAACAAGUACUCGGUGCCCACUGUGCUGGGCACAUCGUCUGAUGUGCUGCUGCAGACCACGGUGCUCACCUCGCUGCGUGGCAAUAUUACGGAGCAUCGGAAGCCGCCGGGAACCAAGCAUACGUUGGAGAUCGAUGCGCGUUACUCAUCUUACGCGACUGUGCGCAGCCGCAGCUACAAUCCAUUUCUUAACUUGGACCACGAAAUAAAACGGGAGCAGGGCUUCCUCAUCUACAUACCGUUCAGCAGCGAGCUGACCUUGAAUGACAGUGCACAGUGUGCCCGGUAUACCUUUUCGCGGCCACAGAACCUGACCAGUGGUCUGUCCUUUAAGUCGCGAGCCGUGACCUCAACGCGUGGCCAGGUGACCAAGACAGCCUCCGCACCCUUCGAGGAGAUCAUGUACCCAGAACGAGGCAACGAAGUGUUCCAGCCUUUCAGCUAUGCCAUGCCAGACCUGGGUGUCAAAUUGAAGGUCAACAUAAAUCUGAAUGAGAUGAUUAAGUUUCGGGGCAUGCUACUAAAGUCUGAGUUCAUAGAGAAUGGCUUCUCACGCAACAUGGUCGUCAGCCUGAUGAUGUACGUCUUUGGAUUUACUCAGCUCAGCUCCAUCCACUUGGGUCACGAUCGGAACUUUACCCUCUUAAUGUACAACGAAAACGCCACCAAGAUCGAUGGUAAUAUCUGCGUCGAGGACGUGCUGAAGACAUCCGAGCUGAAGGGCAAGCAGAUCGGAUUCACACUGGAGCACUCGGACGAGACGCAAAAUGUGCAGUCCCUGCACAAGUGGAACGUCAUAGUGGACAUUCAGACCUCAACCAAGUCGAACUGGUUCAAGGUCAGCGGCAAGGUGCAACGGAACUCGAAGGAUGAUGAGGAGGAUUGGAAGGCCUGCACCAAGUUGACCUAUGAACCUCUCGUGUUCACCAAACGCCCACACACACUCAAUGGAUAUGUGGUCUUUGGCCUGGCUGACGAGAAUGGGGAAUGCCCGGAGACAGGCUCAAAGGUGCAGUUUGCCGCACGCGCAGGUCCCUCGGAGCAUGCACGCGCAUUCCUACGCUCCGACAAGAUUUCGCUAACGGACACCGACUUCUGCCCCAAGGAGGUGCUCAAAUUCUCGCCCAUCCCCACAUCGAAAUAUUGCAAGCGCAGCAAUUUCGAAAAUUUCACAUCUAUAACACAAUAUGACAUGGACUUGAAGUUUAAUAAUAUGCCCGCCUGGUUCGAGCUGUGGUCCACGCGUCUAGACCAUCUGGUUUCCGCAUUGUCGGCCAACAAGGUGGACAGCUUGAAUAUGAGUAAACAGAUUAACAUAACGAUGCACACGCCCCACGAUCAUUUCUGGUUGACAGUGGAGGUGAAUGGCGUCCAUUGGCGCAUCUAUCACAUACCGUUCCUUUACAAGCUCGACUCCAAGUUUGAUGCAUCGCACCAGCUGACCUACGACUCGGGCCUGAAGCGCUCCUGCUCGGUGAUCAAUGGAAUGAUCAAUUCCUUCGAUGAUUACCUCAUUAAUCUGGGCGAGAUUGCAGCACACCCGAACUGUCUAACUCUGCUGGUGGCAGACUGUUCGCCUCUGCCGAAGAUGGCUGUUUUCCUCACCCCGUCGCCCGACGCCAAGAGCCUGGCCAGCAACUAUGGACUUCGUGUGCACAUUGGCCCCAACUAUUUCAAUUUCCGCUCGCGUGCCGGCAACAGCAGCCAUGUCGAUGAAGCUCCGGUCUUUAUUUACGUCAACCAGGCACAAACACCAUAUGACGUACGCCAGAAGCCGUAUCAAUGGCCAAUCGAUGACAGCGACUAUGCAUUCCGGGUGGAACUCAACGAGCAAAACAUUUUGAUUGUGGAGUGCACCAAGCUGAGCGCCACCAUCCAGUUCGACAUGUACAACAUCUUGAACUUCGAGAUCUACGGCGUCUACAAGCACCAGAUGUGCGGCCUCUGCAGUAAGCCGCUAAACCGCAUGCAGAACUACACGCUAUGUGAGCUGGAUACGAGAGGGACGCCGACACCGACACCGAUGCCGACGCCGACGCAGAUGCCUGUGCGGAACGUAUCUAAAGUACUUCUUACAUAAGGACAAUCAUAAAGUAUAACUAAAGUAAGAGAACGCUGUAGAACUCAAACUCGAAAACUUAGCUAAAAUUCAUGUACAACACGGCGGUCUUUAAAAAAUGAAC